AUGGUGCUGAGCGAAGGACAGCUGGCACUGUGCACGGUGUUCACCCUCUGGUUGGGUGGUCUACCUUUGAUGUACUCACCGGCUCCCAGAGGUGACUGUGAUAAUUGCUGUCCCAUAAGAGAACCAAAGGAUAUACAGUUUUUCCUUUUCACACGAGAAAAUCCGGACAACGGUGACACUUUGUUCGUGUCGGACAAGAAGCACCUCCGAGCGUCCCAUCUGAACCGUACCAAUCCGCUCGUGAUCUAUCUGCAUGGAUUUUCCGAGCGUGCACCGGGCGGUUCCGGCGAGAGUAGCAAGCAGAUGAAGGAUGCACUGCUCGAAGCGGACGACUACAACGUGGUGCUGGUUGACUGGAGCCCACUAACAGCCCUGCCGUGGUACGUCAACUCCGUCCAAAAUGGUCCCCGUGUAGGGCGGUACAUUGCGCGUUUCGUGCGGUUUCUGGUGAUGUCCGAGUUUCCGCUCGAGAAGAUCCAUCUGAUCGGGUUCAGUCUCGGUGCGGAGGUGGCCGGUUUUGCCGGCAAAACGCUGAACGAGUGGGGUCUAAAGCUGCCACGCAUUACCGGUCUGGAUCCGGCGUUCCCACUGUACGUCUUCGAGAAAGCUUCCCAGCGUCUCAGCCCGAAGGAUGCGGAGUUCGUGGACGUCAUCCAUACGGACGGUGGUUUGCUGGGCUAUCCGUGGCCGCUCGGACACGUGGACUUUUAUCCGAACGGAGGUGUCCCGCUGCAGCCCGGCUGUGCACAGCAGGAACUGGCCAAGAACCGUUGGCUGGGUGUAUUCAUCGGCUGUAGCCAUGCCCGGGCCUGGCAGUACUUUGCCGAGUCGCUGACGCGCCCGCAAGGAUUCCUGUGCGAGCGUUGCGAACCGAGCGAAACGACCGGCGGUACGGGACGAUCAUCUCGCGACACCGGCAACUGCACCAUGACCGGGGACGUAUUCAUGGGCAUGUACACCGACCGGACGAUGCGGGGCAAGUUCUACCUGAGCACGAACCCGCAGCCACCGUUCGGCAGGAAUCGUACGCCCCAAGAGAAGCGGCAGUUGCAGCAACGAAAAUCCUAA